AUGGGCGCGGAUAUUUCGGUACCCAGACCAACCACAAUCUGCGACGCUUCCACGGCUUUCAGCAUCCAAUACUCUGGCAGUGGAAACUCGACUUGGGAUACAAAAUGGGUUGGUCUGGCGGACUCGAAUUCUAAUCAGGUUGGUGGUAUACUUCAACCAGUUGCCAAGGCGAAUGCAGCAACCUUCUUCCGGGAUCCUAAUGGCAACCUUUACUCCGCCGAUCUUGCAACCAUGAAUUACACAGCUGCCGAAAUUUUCGCGCCCGAUAGCUGUCUUCUGUUUGUUCCAAGUGACUCCACCCUACCUUGGUUCUACAAUCUUCGAGCCAUGACUAUAUCCCCUCAAAACACUCUCAAGCUCACCAACAAUGGGCCUGACUCGGAUCCAAACUCGAAAGGCGUUGCUGACUUUCUGAUCGAGAAUCCCAUGCACUGUAUCACGACGUAUUACUCCGGGAAUUACGAUUACGAUCCAGGGACAUACACCAACAUCAAUCUCAAUGUUUUUAAGACCGGCAAAUGCCCAGGGCAGAUAUGCAAGCCGCUCCCUGCUGGUUCUGGGCCGGUCCCUUCUCCUGACAAUCCUGCCAACUUCCUUGCUUUGCAAGACUUCUCAGAUGCCGCAAAUGGAGCAGGAACACCUACGGGCUACCAGAACGUGUUCAGCAAUCUCAAAGCGGCGAACAAUGCCAAUGGUUACCUUGGAUACACGACAAUGUCGUCCUAUGAUGUCGCAGGCUGCUCCAAGAAAUGUAACGCCAUUGUCGGAUGCCAGGCCUUCAACAUCUAUUAUGAGCGCGACCCCAAGGUCGAACCCGGGAGUGGAGAUUAUUGCAGCAAUCCUCCGAGUACGACCUCUAUCAAGUGCAGUUUCUGGGGUGGUCCGGUCACCAAAGAAAAUGCCGUCAACACGGGACAAUGGCGUAAAAACUUCCAGAUCGUCAUUGCAGGCUCAAAUGGAUACGUGAACAACGCGAUAGCUCCAAUCGCCAAUUACAAGGCGGCAAGCUUCUAUGGCAACAGUAUCAUGGUAGCCCCUACAGCCGACUGCUCUUCCUCAAAUCCGACCGUGGCUUGGCAAUUCUACAAUGAUGGCGCACCAUUCUCCGCCUCAAGAUGUGCCGCAGCGUGCGAUGCAUACUCCGCCGAUGCCAGGCGUAAUGCUACUCUCGCAGGAACCACGAACCCAGUCUUGUGCAAUUCAUUUAACACCUUCAUCUUAAGCAAAGGAAGUAAAUCAUUCGGUCAGAUGUGCAACAUGUAUAGCCAAGCAUUCAAGUCGAGCAGGGCGACAGCCAAAUCUCAGCUUACUGCGUCGGGAGAAGUGGUCACAUUUUCAUCCAGCUACGGGUUUGCGAGAUCGGACAGUGUUGGAACUUGUGGUGCAAAUUAUUGA